GGCCGCUCGUCACCAUCAUGACGAUGACGAGUGGAGCGUGCUCAAUACAUAUGCGGGGGAAUCAUUACAGAUGAUCGAUAUUUCCAGGCGUGCUUUUCCAUUCUAAUUGGCAAAAACCCGUCCUCUCAUUGAUCAUGAUCGUAUCCUCCGAAGGCACAUGGCAAGCCGCUGCCGAGCGCAAGCGGGCUGAGGUCGCAAAGCUACUGGGGCCAUAUACGAUUCCUGGAGAUGCUAUUCCGCCUCCAGCAGAGCUUCCAGAUGCAACAAAUUUCCCUAGAGCUUACCUCGAGCCGAGGGAAAUUGAAUUCACCGAGAAACUGUCCAUCGAAGAGCUUCUGGGAAAGCUUGCACGUCGGGAGAUCACAGCUAAAGAAGUCACUCUAGCAUUUUGCAAACGCGCUGCAAUUGCUCAUCAAGUGACAAACUGCCUGAGCGAUGUUCUCUUUCAGCAAGCACUUGCCCAAGCCGAUGAGCUUGAUGCAUAUAUUGCUGCUCAUGGGAAACCAAUUGGCAGGCUACAUGGUCUCCCAGUCAGCUGGAAAGACCAGAUCCGCGUCGAAGGUGCAGAGACCACUGUAGGUUAUAUCAGUAACUUAGGCCGGAAAGAAACAGCGAAGGACGAGGCACUUUUGGUCAAAGAGUUGAGAGAGCUCGGAGCAGUCAUCUAUGCUAAGACCAAUGUUCCAACAGCACUAAUGGCCAUUGACACCAACAACAAUAUCAUUGGGUACACCUGGAAUGCGCGCAAUCGUUUGGUGUCCGCAGGCGGGUCAUCUGGAGGUGAAGCUUCACUAUUGGCAAUGAAGGGGAGUAUUAUCGGAUUUGGAACAGAUAUUGCCGCAUCCAUUCGUCUUCCAGCCGCUUUCCAAGGCUUGUAUGGCCUUAAACCAUCUAUUGGCAGAUUACCAUGGUCCAAGAUUGCCGGCAGCAUGGAAGGCCAAGAACUCGUCAGCCCUGUUGUCGGUCCCAUGGGCCACAGAGUCGACGAUCUAGAAGUCAUCACGAAAUCCAUUCUUUCAACACAACCAUGGCUGCACGACCCAACAGUUGUGAACAUGCCAUGGCGUCAGAGCGAAACUGAAGCGGUCGCAAAGCAUGCCAAGUCGGGAGGUCUCGCCUUUGGUGUCCUCCGCAGCGACGGGAUAGUCCUGCCCCAUCCUCCCAUUACUCGUGCUAUUGAUGAGACUGUUGCAAAGCUCAAGGCUCAUGGACACGAAGUCAUCGAAUGGGAGCCACCAUCCCACAAAGAAGCUUUUGAAAUCAUUUGGAGCCUCUUCGUCAUGGACGGCGGCAACGACAUCCACUCUUCUAUCGGGUCUAGCGGCGAGCCCGUUGUCCCUCAGAUUGCCAACAUCUACGGCUCUUCUCCGGGCCAUUUGACACCCAAGACCGUCAACGAGAGCUGGAGCUACGCCCUCCGCCGGAAUGCAUAUCAGACCGCAUACUUAGAAUACUGGAACAGCACGGCCUCGAAGACGUCUACUGGUCGCGCAGUCGACUUUUUCAUUCUGCCUAUUGCUCCGACGGCGUCAUAUCUUCCUGGCCAAGCGAUUUAUCCGGGAUACACGGGCGUCAUUAACGCUUUGGAUUAUACGGCUAUUUCUGUGCCAGUCACGACGGUCGAUAAGGCGCGUGAUCUGGCUGCGGCUGAUGCUGGGCGUCAGAGGGGAGAGUAUUUGGGUGAGAUGGACGAGCAGGUGUGGAAACAAUAUGAUCCGAACUUGUUCCAUGGAACGCCAGUAGGUCUUCAACUAGUCGGAAGACGACUGGAAGAGGAGCGAGUGCUUGCUGCUGCGGCGGAGCUGGGUCGCUGCCUCUCGGAAUAAGAGGGG